GCUUUACUAUGGGCUAAAACUAAGAGUUAGUUGUCUGUUUCGCGGCGUACGCAGGAUUCUUUACGACAGACGACGACUGGGGCGAUUGUUCGUUCAAUCACCGGCGAAAAUGGAGGCGAGCUCAUCAAGAGCUUCUCGUAGCCGUAAUGUGCCUAAAAUUGCAUUCGCCUUGGGCUUAAUCGUGGCUGAUGCAAUCCUCGUCGCACUUAUCAUCGCCUAUGUUCCAUACACGAAGAUCGAUUGGGAUGCGUACAUGUCACAGGUUAGUGGGUUCCUCGGGGGAGAGAGAGACUACGGGAGCUUGAAAGGCGACACAGGGCCUUUGGUUUAUCCGGCUGGUUUCCUCUAUGUUUACUCUGCUGUCCAGAAUUUGACUGGGGGAGCAGUCUACCCUGCUCAGAUUCUUUUUGGUGUUCUCUACAUUGCCAAUCUGUCCAUCGUCUUGUUCAUCUAUCUCAAGACUCCUGAUGUGGUGCCAUGGUGGGCGCUAUCUCUACUCUGUUUAUCCAAGCGAAUACAUUCCAUCUUUGUUCUCCGUCUCUUUAAUGAUUGUUUUGCCAUGACUCUCCUUCAUGCUUCCCUCGCUUUCUUCCUCUCUCAUAAAUGGCAUCUCGGCAUGCUUCUUUUCAGCGGAGCUGUCUCUAUUAAGAUGAAUGUACUUUUGUAUGCUCCUCCUUUGUUACUUCUCCUCCUAAAGGCCAUGAAUAUAAUUGGAGUCCUAUCUGCUUUAGCUAGUGCAGCUCUUGUUCAGAUACUCGUGGGAUUGCCCUUUCUGCUAGCAUAUCCGGUUUCAUACCUAGCCAACGCCUUUGAUCUUGGACGUGUUUUUAUCCACUUUUGGUCUGUUAACUUCAAGUUUGUUCCAGAACGAGUUUUUGUGUCCAAAGAAUUUGCAGUGUGCUUGUUGAUUGCUCACCUAUGUCUCCUUGCGGCGUUUGCAAAUUAUAAAUGGUGCAAGCAUGAAGGCGGGAUUAUAGGCUUCAUGCGUUCUAGGCGUUUCUUCUUGACGCUUCCGUCUUCGCUCUCGUUCAGUGAUUUGUUAAUCUCAGGGAGUCUUGCGAAAGAACAUAUUGUCACGACCAUGUUUGUUGGGAAUUUCAUUGGCGUUGUUUGUGCUCGUUCUCUGCAUUACCAAUUCUAUUCAUGGUACUUUUAUUCCCUGCCAUAUCUGCUAUGGAGAACUUCGUUUCCUACUUGGCUGCGCUUGAUAUUGUUCCUGGGUAUCGAGCUGUGCUGGAACGUCUAUCCAUCAACACCAGUCUCAUCAGCUUUGUUAAUGGGUCUACACUUGACCGUCUUAUUGGGUCUCUGGUUUGCUCCUUCAGAUUAUCCUUACAUAUUCAAACCAAAUCUGAGACACAAAAAGCACAAGUGAACCUUUUAUAUUAGCUAAAGAAUUUACAGUUAUAUGUAUGGGUUAAGCUAAUCAUAUGGUGGUUUAUACUAAAAGAUUUUCUGUUUCUGUCCAAAUAUACAUGUGUUAUUUCCUCCUUGAAUUAAACGUUUACCAGUUAUGCUUAUUUGGUUUCGCUC